AUGUCAGGAUACGCCAGUUCUUCUGCAUGGACUUCUUUCUUGAAGUCUGUCUCCACUUUCAAUGGUGAUCUAUCCUCUUUGGUUGCCCCACCAUUUAUUCUAUCCCCAGUUUCCUUGUCUGAGUUCUCGCAGUACUGGGCUGAACAUCCUGAUUUGUUCCUGGAACCAUCUUUCAUCAAUGAGGCCAACUUCAAGACCAAAUGUACCGAAGACCCUAACGUCGAGAGCCCUGAAAUGGCUAGAAUGCUGUCUGUCACCAAAUGGUUCAUUUCCACUUUGAAAUCUCAAUACUGUUCUCGUGACGAGACCAUGGGUUCUGAGAAGAAGCCAUUGAACCCUUUCUUGGGUGAACUGUUCGUCGGUAAAUGGGAUAACAAGGACCACCCUGAGUUCGGUGAGACCGUGCUUCUAUCCGAACAAGUCUCUCACCACCCUCCUAUCACCGCUUACACUAUCUUCAAUGACAAGAACAAAGUCAAGUUGCAAGGUUACAACCAAGUGAAGACCGGUUUCACAAAGACUCUAAUGCUUUCUGUCAAGCAAUAUGGUCAUACACUACUGGAAGUUAACAAAGAAUCCUACCUAAUCACUCCACCACCUUUACAUAUCGAAGGUAUCCUGAUGGCUGCCCCAUUUGUGGAACUAGAAGGCAGGUCCUACCUACAAUCCUCCACCGGCCUACUAUGUGUUGUCGAGUUCUCUGGUAGAGGUUACUUCUCCGGUAAGAAGAACUCUUUUAAAGCCAGAAUCUACAAGAGCGCUGCCGACAGUGCCGACAAGAAUAAGGCUAUAUAUACCAUUUCUGGCCAAUGGUCUGGCUCAUCCAAGAUUUCCAAGCUAAAUCCAGCUACUGGUUACAGCGACGAAAUUGGCACUUUCUAUGAAGCCGAAAGGGUACCUGUCUCUCAUUUGAGCGUAAAGCCAAUUGAUAAGCAACAUCCACUAGAGAGCAGGAAAGCAUGGAAGGAAGUAGCUGAAGCCAUUAAGGCUGGUGACAUGGACCUAAUUACAAAGACCAAGUCUGACCUUGAGCAAAAACAAAGAGACUUGAGAAAGGAAGAAGAAGCGAAAGGCAUCUGCUGGGAAAGAAGAUGGUUUAAGGAUUUCGACUACAGCGACGCUCCAGGCAAGGAUUACCUAGUACCUGAAAAGGACGAUAUCUUCCUCCAACUAGCCAAAGCUAUGGACUUAUCCAUAAAAAAUGUUCCAAGUGGUACCUUGAACGGUGAGAAGGAAGACAAGAAAGAAGAUUUGACCUCAAUUCACUGGAGAUUUGAUAGAAAGCUAUGGGAUGAGGAGAAGGAGGUUGUUUUGUAA